AUGGCAUCCACAACUGCUGAGAGUCAGUAUUGGCCUCCUGGCACGUUACUCCUUCAAGAACAACGUUCGAAUGAUGAAGAGAUUAUUCUUCAGCCACAGCCGACAGACGAUCCAAAUGAUCCCCUUAACUGGGCUCCCUGGCGCAAGUACCUCAAUUUUGGGCUUGUCUGUUUAUACGCCCUUCUCAUCACGGAGUUUAUUUGCGCAGCGACUCCUACGUGGGACCCCAUGCACGAUCAGCUGGGGUUCAGCUGGGCAGUUUUGAAUGACAGCUAUGCUCUUGGGUGCGGCUUUUUAGGAAUCGGCGCCGUGAUCUUGACACCAUUCGGCUUCAAGUUCGGUCGCCGCCCAUUAUACCUCAUCAGCACAUUGGUGACAUUCGGUGUCAGCAUCUGGAGUGCCAAAAUGCAAAGGCCGGUUGAUCUAUUGUUGGUCAAUGUUUUUUCCUGUCUUUUCGGUGCUCUUUCUGAGGUCAUAAUCCAAAUGACCAUUGCCGAUAUUUUUUAUGUACACCAACGGGGAUUGAGCAACGCCAUCUUCAUCUGGACUGUUCAGGCAGGGUCCUCACUUGGGCCCCUAGCCGCUGGGUAUGUCACCGUCUCCCAGGGGUGGCGUUGGGUCUGGUGGUGGAAUACCAUCAUGUUUGGUGUCUGCAUUGUUAUUUUUGGUCUUUUUUAUGAAGAGACAAAAUGGGUUGGACGCUCCAAGCGAAUUAGUCAACAUCCAAAUGGAUCUGUCUCGGAGGUUGACUCGAGUUCCCACUGCCCAAUGAAACCAGAAAUGGACAUCAAGGGCAGUAGCAAGGGUUCGAUAUCCUCUGACCCGAGCCGCGACCAGGAACAAGGUAGGCUUCUGACUCGCGAUACUGUCAUUCUAAACAAAGAUAUCCCUAUGCGCACAUGGAAGCAACGCUUGUCGGUCACUGCGUCAUCUCCAGGCCACUGGAAAAUAUUUGCUCGUCACUCCUGGCAGCCAUUCCUGAUCCUGGGCACAUUCCCGGCAGUGCUUUUUGUGGCUUUGGUCUACGGUGUUUUGAUCGCUUUACAAGACGCCAUCAGCACCACGAUGUCGAGCCAUAUGACAGAACCGCCGUAUAACUUCACUCCGGACCUAAUUGGUCUCAUGAAUCUCCCUCAAUUCAUUGGUGUGACAAUCGGCUCUCUCAUAAUCGGCCCGCUCAGCGAUCGAUUCAUCCUUUAUCUCGCGCGUCGCAAUCGCGGUAUAUUUGAGCCUGAAACCCGUUUAUGGAUGAUGCUCCCUUUCAUUCCGCUGGUGGUUGCGGGCGCGCUGAUGUUUGGAUACGGUAUCGACAAAGGUUUUCCAUGGCCAGUCGUGGCCGGUGGAAUAGUGAUUUGCUCCGCUGGGAUUGCACCGAUUAAUAUCGUGGCUCUGACGUACAUUACAGACUCAUAUACCGAUGUGCGUUAUUGGCUUCUCGCUGACCAGAAAGACCGAUCCCUAUCUCAAUUCACUUUCAAGACAAUGCUAAUAAGAUAUCAGAUUCUCGGUGACUCUAUGGUUGGCAUAACGUUUGUGCGAAACGCUGUGAGCACCAGCUUUAUCUUUGCCCUUGAUCCAUGGUUUCAUGCUGUGGGUAUUCAAAAUGUCAUACUAUCAAUGGCUGUCAUCGCCACGUUUGUCCUGCUUUUUGCGCUGGUUUUUUUGAAAUAUGGCAAGGUAUUGCGUGCUUUCACAGCACCAAAAUAUCAGGAAUACUCUUCAAAGCAGAUGACUAGUUAG